UAAAAUAAAGAAAGAGAAAAAUUUUUUUUCACGCGUUUAAAUACCAUUUAUUGUUUUCGUGUUAAACAGAUGACUUUUCACUGUGAAAUAAACAUGUCUUAUACUAAUUUUGUUAAUAAAGAAGAUAUCAUCUAUGAAGAAGAUCUUGUUUCGGAGGAAGAUAAUACAGAAAUAUAUAUUACAAAAAAUAUCACAGUUAAAACGAUAAUUCACUCAUUAACUCCAUUAGAAUACCCACCAACUAGUGAAGAAGGAACUGCAAUAAUUUAUCAUGUUGAAGGGUGGCAAAAUAUAGAAAUGGCAUUUGAAGAUGUUCAGUAUUCUAUGGGUUUGCCUUGUGGCCAAAAUAAAACAACUUGUACAUAUCUUGGUGAUAUUGCUGUAAUUAAAAAAGAUAGAACAUGCCACGGAGUAAAGAUUUGUGAAUUUGCAGAUCCAGAACUUCGGGAAAUGGAACACAAGUCGGUAGAUCCUAACUCAGAUUUACGUUUAAGAAUGAGUAAAGAGUUAUCAACUGAUAAUGUGAAUUAUAACACUUUUGCUAAAUAUUUAGCUGCAUACAAAACUGAAUGUCGAUAUAUGCGUGAUGGAGUUCAAUGUAAUGGAAAACCUAUAUUAAAAUGUUUAAGACAUCAUGAUGAAACUGUACCUCCAUCAUAUUUUAUUGGUUGUACUGGUUGGAGAAUGAAUGAAAAAUUUCAUCAGUUUAUUAGUAUUAAAGAAAAUGUAGACCUUAACUUACUUCAACAACUUUUAAAUGGAUUAUAUGAGGGAGAAACGGAUGAACCAGUAAAUAAUUGUUAUUUAGUAUUCAGCAAUAGUACGAAAAGAAUAUAUUGUCCACAUCCACAUCGUUCAGAAAAUACCAUUACGCAAGGAAAGCUUAUGAAAAAAUUAUGUGAAGUUAGAUUUUCUAAACUAAUUCCUGUUGAUAUUAAAAGCUGUCCAUUUGUGAUCCUUAAAUCAAAAGGAAUUCAUACUCAUCCUCCACCACCUCCAAACCAAGUACCUGUUACUAUUCAUACACGUCUACAAGAAUUAAUUCACCAAGCAAAUAAUGAUAAUACUGAUGUUACUCCAACUCAUAUUAUAACAGGAAAUUUAAUUAAAACUUAUUUUGGCGUUGAAUAUCUUUCUGAUAUACAUGCAUCAUUAAAUAAUACUGAUCGUCUUCGGUAUUAUAUUGAUAAGAUUCAGAAAGAAAUUCAUCCACAAGGGCAAGGAUUGCUAGGAGUUGUUUACAAUUAUUCACGUAAUAUUAAUAAUUUUCGUGAUUAUGUAAAACGUUUAGAAUUCUUUGAAGAUGAACAUGUAAUAAUUAUUUGUACAACUUCUGAACAAUUAAAUGAAUGGAUAAAGUGCAAACAUUUUCAAAUCGAUUUGUCUUUCAAGCGUGUAAUGGGUGAAAUAAAUGAAUUUGAGAUUAAUUAUUAUAGUAAUGAACAUAACUUGAUUCUUACAUUUGCCCGAGUGUUUACUAAUCGUGCAACAACUAUUGCGUAUCAAAGAAUUUUUCACGUUUUAUUUGAUCUUGUAUUACAAUUAAUGGGUUUACCCCCUCAGUUUAAACAUAUUCAUGGAUCUGGUUGGAAUUGCAUCAUUGCAGAUCUUGAUUAUGCCCAAGCAAAAGGACUUGGAUUGGCUCUAAAUGAAAUUGAUAAUACAAAGGACUGGGAGGAACAUUUGGUUCAUAUUUUUAGAUCUUGUUUAGUCCAUUAUAAAAGAAAAAUUAGGGAAAAGGGUUACAAUGAUAUUGUAAAGAACAAAAUGAUUGCACUUCUUACAGCUGAAUCAGAAAGUGCAAUUAAUCAAGUAUUUGAUGAUAUUCAAGCAAUUGAAGAGAAUGCUGCAGAUUGGAUUACGUUCUAUCGUCAAAAAUGGGUUAUUGCGUCACUUAAUAAAUCCAUGUCAAAAAUUGCUAAUGAUGUUUGGAUAACAUCACCUGAUAAUACAAAUGUAGCAGAAUCGGCUCAUGCGCUAAGCAAUCAACGUGGAAGAGAUCUUAAAUUGUUAACGGCUAUUUUACAUGGUCAAAAAUUAGAUAAAGAAAGAUUUACUACCAUUUAUGUUCACCAAAAAUAUAAUAUACCAAAUAAAGGAAGUGAUAAAGGUCUGAUUUCACGUAAUGUUAUGUCCAAUAAACGUAAUGCUAAGAAGUUGACGAAAGUAGUUCCUACCAAAAGUAAACAAAAUGAACAUACAGGUUCUAAUAAGAAAACUAAAACAAAUAUUAUUGAAAUUGAAGAGAAUGAUAAAGAGAAUAUAUGUACGAUUUCUAGCAGAAAGAUUAAAACAAGAAAUGGUACUGAAGGGGAUGAUAAAGAAAGUGAAUUAACUUUAAAAUUAAGUGAGCUUGAAUUUCAAGAACGAGCUUUAGCUUUAAGGGAACGUGAACUUAUUUUAAGAGAAAAAGAAGCAAAAAUUCGUGAAAUGGAAUUAUCACUUGCCGAAAAAGAACAUGUGUUAAAUUCUACUAAAUAGUCUAGGUAACAGCAAUCUUUUUUUUUUACAAAUUAAACGAAGUAAUUAGCAGAUCAUUUCUAUUUUGACCGCUAUUAUAUCGGUAUAUAGAAUUUUAUAAAUAAAUCAAAAAUAC